AUAUGUGGGACCCAAUUAGCGUGAAGUUGGAACUUAGGACCGACGUUGUCGCUUGAGCAGUAUAAUUUGACUUUCACAUAAAAUAGAGAAGUACACAGUCGAUAGGAAAGGAGCUCAGAAGAAUCAUCAUGGCUUCUUCUUCUUCAGCAUCUAAGUCUGACCAGCCUCAAAUAGCUAAGUUCAAGAUUGCUCUAUGUCAAAUCAGUGUUUCAUUGGAUAAGAACACCAAUAUCGAUCGUGCUCGUACAAUGAUCAAAGAUGCAGCAAAAAUAGGUGCAAAGCUUAUUGUUUUGCCUGAAAUGUGGAAUUGCUCCUAUGCAAAUGAGAAUUUCCCUAUAUAUGCUGAAGAUUUUGACAAUAGAGAGUUGUCGCCAUCAUUCAUGAUGUUGUCGGAAGUUGCAUGUAGUGAAGGAGUUACGGUAGUUGGUGGGUCGAUAACAGAACGAUGUGGUGAUCAGUUGUAUAAUACUUGUUGUGUAUUUGGAAGCACCGGAGAUUUGAUUGCUAAACAUAGGAAGAUUCAUCUCUUUGAUCUGACAGGAGAUGUUUGCUUCAAAGAAUCUGAAACCUUUGCAGCCGGAAAUCGACCUACCAUUGUUGAUACAGAUGUUGGUCGUAUUGGAAUAGGAAUCUGCCAUGAUCUACGCUUCCCCGAACUUGCAAUGUUGUACAGAGAAAGAGGUGCUGAUCUAAUAUGCUAUCCCGGGGCGUUCAACAUGAGUACCGGUAACUUGUUUUGGGAGCUUGUACAAAGAGCAAGGGCUGUUGACAAUCAGUUGUUUGUGGCCACUUGCUCUCCAGCUCGAGACUCUAGUGGUAGCUACAUGAUUUGGGGACAUUCUACUCUUGUUGGACCAUUUGGUGAGGUGAUUGCAACUUCAGAACACGAGGAAACAACUAUCAUCGCUGAAAUAGAUUAUUCUGUGUGUCAACUUCGAAGAGAAAAUCUUCCACUUGAGAAACAAAAGCGGGGAGACAUCUACCAGUUUGUAGACUGCACCAAAGAACUGAACUCCCAGCAAUGAGAACUCGAUCAUAGACCGUUCAUAUCUUUCAUCCACCAUUCUCAGGCUACAUGUAAUGGAAGAGAAUGACGGUCUAAUCUUGGUGUCUUCCGCCCAUGAACGGGAAAUGAGAUCAAUGAGCUCUUCUAGUUGGCCAUCAUCAGCUGCAGGUAGCUUUGGCCUAAGCCUACAGUUUCCAACUUCUACUGCUAUCUGUUCAGAUUAAAACGCAAUCAAUAAAAACCGCAUUAGUUAACUUAGAAUACUAGGAUUUACUUGAUAGAUCAUGGCAUCUUUAUUUAUGUUUUGUUUGCUUCAGCAUAUAUCCCAAAACACUUCGUCAAAUGACAUAUGUAGAACAGUUUCUUGUGCCAUUUCUGAAUUUUGAAAGAAGCUGUCGAGAUUUGCUUUAAAGCCAA